AUGGGGUUUGAGAGCACUCAGUAUACUUCUAAUGAUCCGGUCGAUUUAGGAUUACAGCAAUUGUAUCUUGAUAAUGCUCAAAUUUCAUCUACCGUCAACAUCUCUGGUUCAAAAUCUGCAGACGAUUAUGAGUCUUCAAAACGAAUUAUGAAUAGUUCUUCCUUUCCUUCCUCUUCUUCAGGAAGAACGGGGGAGCGAUUUGGCCAUUCUAAGAGCUGCAAUAAUUCAUAUCACCCUUCUUUGAUCACAGCUCAUUCCCUUACUACGAGCCCUUCAACUCUUCCUCGCACUUCAUAUAAUACCUACCAACACUAUUCAUCCAUGCUCCGCUCUCCGCAUAAUGUCGGAAAUAGAAGCCAUCGGUCCGAUUCCAAUAUAAACAUUUAUCCUCAUAUCACUCGACCCCGCGAAAGUACCGAAUUCGUCCGUAACCACCAUAAGAAACCUUCAGACAUUUACGGUGUGCAGGAAAAUUCGUAUUACAAUAAUGUGGAUCUUGACUUAGCUGCAGUAAAUGACAAUUCGUCGCAUUCUAUGGCAUCCAUUCAUCAUUCUGAAGAAGAAAGUGAUAACGAUACUGAUUUUUCUGAGUCUGCUUAUCCAGAAUUUGAUAUUGACGCUUUUUACAACGUCCCAAGCAUUUUAUUUAGCGAAGUUGAUCUCCAGAAUCCCGAAAAGCGAGAGCGACUUGAAUGGCACUUAAUGCUUUCUUCGGUGUUAAAGGGCGAUGUCAUGCAGUCGGAAAAGAGGAGGAUGCGUGACACGAAACAAAGUGGCUAUAGUAAACAAACCAUCACAGAUAUCUGGUUGGGACUUCAGGCUUGGCUUCACGGCCGUCUUGCAGCAGACCAAGCCAAUGUCAUCCGAAGUAAUCGGGAGAAGGUUGAAUUCGUCUUACAAGAGGUUAUCAAUUUUGAAGUUCAACCUAAAGAACGUUGUCAAAAAUCCGCGUUUGAGCAGGUUGCUGAACUCCUUGAUAAAGUCGAAGAAUGUGAAAGCUAUUAUAUUUCUAGUCGCGAAAUGAGAGAAGACGCUCCUUUAUAUGCUUCCAAAGAAUUUAAUGACAAGUUGAAUGCCCUGGUAUCAUGGAGUAAUGUGAAGGAGAAUGUUCAUACGGAAACUGUAAUCCUUCGAAGGUGGAUUGGAAAUGACACAUUUGAUUUGACAAGCCAAAUCACUAAUUCGCCGUCCUUUGUGGAACGUAUAUUCCGGCAGUUUGGUUUACAGAAAACAUUUGAGCAGAGAACAUUGACUACUCUAAAUCGUCUUAUUCACCAGGCAAAACAAACAAUUAUAGAGAAUGCUAAAGCUUUUGAGGAUAUGAAGCUUCCGACAUAUGGUGAUGAACUAAAUGCGUUGGUCGAUUUUCCUAUCAAAUUAGUGGAUGAAGCAUUGCGUCUUCGGUUAAUGUAUGCCAAAAAAGUAAAAGGGUCAAACUCAUUCAUGGUUGAUUCUUUACUAGAUGAUUUCAAAAUAACUUUAUCGGUUGCUGUGCGUGUUAAAUUAGAAUACAUUGACAUAGCAAGGCCUUAUCCAGGUUGGGAUUUACCUCAAGAUGUUGAUGCCUAUUACAAUGACAUCUUAUUAGAAUCUUUAAAAUUUUAUUUCAAGUUGCUCGCUAUAAAAUUGAGUUCUAAGAACGAAUGGGCUUUCCUUGACAAGUAUGUGGGUUGGAUAGAUGGAGGAGAAUACCAAAUGGCUAGCCAUUUCGGUUACUUAUUGAAUCGUCUUUUAAUUAAUGUACAUCGUCACCUUGAAUCUCAUUUGAAAGGGCCUGAAGAGCGUUCAAUAAUGUCUCUAACAAACUGGUUCACAACGCUUCUUAAGAACACCCAAAUUCGAUUCCGUAAGAUCUUACGCUUUUCCGAUGUGUAUAACUCUCGAUUCCAAAAUGCUGCUGAAUACGUCGUCCACAAUAAUUGUUUAAAUGAAGUGGUCGACCGCCUGUCUUCAACGGGCCAUUUUUUAACGUAUACUGCCAAUUUAGAACGUGAUGGUGUUUUCGUUAUUGCGGAUGCAUCUUUGGGAGAAAGACCGGAUGCAAUCAAAUCUUUAAUCGCAAGCACUGCGAAUAAUGAUAUAGAAUACACUAAGGAGAAUAAUUCUUAUGUCCUAAUUAUUUGUACCAAACAACCAUUGCUUUGGAAAGGAAGGAUAAUUAAAGUUGAUAUUCCAGAUUUUCACUCCGACUUAAAAGACAAUCAUAUACGGAUUGUUACUUCUAGUGACGCUGCUCAUUUACAAGAUGCAAAGGCUGUAUUUCAAGAUUUAAACACGGGUUUGGUGAGCGCUCACGUAAACUGUCGGUCUAAUAUCGCGCGCGUCUAUAGGGACUAUAUUCGAUUUAACAAACUUUGCAUUCGUAUCGCUUCUACUGUUGUUGAUAGCACCACUUACGUCCGAGAGGCAUGUAAAGGGUUUAAUUGCUCAGAUUUAAUAUAUAGUGCGUUUACUUUCGCAGCAGAAUUUAGUCAACGAAUUAUGCGAUUUUUGAAUUUUGAUUCCUACUUGGAUAGUCAUCUUCAGAAAAAAAUUAUGGUUUUAGCGAUUGAUUGGGUUGCUUUCCUUUGUGAAGAAUGUGAUCCUCUUGACAGAAAAACGUUUCGUUGGGCGGUAAGUGCUUUAGAGUUUUUAAUGGUUGUACUCCAUGGAACAAAUAUAUUGCUGCUUGACGACGCCAAUUUUGAGAAAUUACGAGAUAAGGUGGGCAAAACAAUGUCUUUGCUCCUAAAUCAUUUUGACAUUCUUGGUGCUAAAUCUAAAACAAUUGAUGAAUUGGAAGUAGUAAACAUGGAUGAGGCUUCGAGAAAUUACCUGAAUUAUGAUACUAUCGAGGAGGAUGAAACAAUUACAGUUUUGCAAAAGGAAAUGAUGCAACGAAUUGAAGAGAUUGAAGCUGAAAGAAAUGCAAUGUUGCAUGAGCGGUUAGCAAUUGGACAUGUGCUCGAUGUUUCAGUAUAUCGAAAUAGAGACUUUAUUAAACUUGCUUCUUCUCUAUCCAAUAUUACGAUUCGUUGGCAGCAAGGACAAUUUGUUAAAAGUGGAAUGUUUGGAGAUGUGUAUAGCGGUGUGAAUCUUGAAACAGGUGAUCUUUUGGCCGUUAAGGAAAUAAGAAUUCAAGACAGUCGCUCUCUUAAAAGUGCUGUUGAUCAGAUUCAUAACGAGAUGACGGUGUUGGAGAAACUUAAUCAUCCAAACAUAGUUUCUUAUUAUGGUGUCGAGGUUCAUAGAGAAAAGGUAUAUAUAUUUAUGGAAUUAUGCCAAGGUGGAUCUUUGUCCGAUUUGCUUUCCUAUGGCCGUAUAGAAGAUGAGAUGGUCGUUGGCAUGUACGUUUUGCAGUUAUUAGAAGGUUUGUGUUAUAUGCACUCACGACACGUUUUACAUCGUGAUAUAAAGCCAGCAAAUCUAUUGUUGGAUAGAAAUGGGAAUAUUAAGUAUAGCGAUUUUGGGUCCGCCCUUUAUGUACCUCCUCCGGAAGAUCAGGCGUCUCACGUUGAGGAUAUCCAGCUUGAGAUGCACAACUUAGCUGGAACACCUAUGUAUACAUCCCCAGAGAUCAUCAUAGGAACUAAAAAAGGAAGGUUUGGUUCUAUGGAUAUAUGGGGACUUGGAUGUGUAAUCUUAGAAAUGCUGGCUGGAUGCACUCCUUGGAAUCAGAUGGACAAUGAAUGGGCAAUUAUGUAUCAUAUUGCGGUUAUGCAUACCCCCACAAUCCCUUCGAGUUAUCAAAUUACAAGUCUUGCUAGGGACUUUUUAGAACGCUGUUUUGAUUGUGAUCCAGAGAGACGUCCCACUGCUAUUGAACUGUACCUACAUCCUUGGGUAACCAAAUUGCGUGAGAAGGUAGGAGUUGGACCUUCUACUGAGAUGCAGGAGCUUAUAGAAAAGCAUAAUGAACUGAUAUUGGAAAAUGAACGUAAAAAAAAACUGGAUGGCUUAAUAGCAACGAAUGACGAUGAGAACAUGAAGAUUGUUGAAAAUGAUAUCCCGCCAAUACCUUCCUAUUUUCUGGAUGAUGUCGUGGACAGAUUGAAUGUGGUCAAAAUGGAAGAUGAAUGUCAAAGAUCACCUUUGUCUGAUUCAGAAUCACUUUUUUGA